AAAACAGUGCGACUGAAGCUGAAUCAUGCUUGCAAGCAGGACUAUUCUGUCAAAGCAAACUUUGACUGUCCUCUCUCGCCAGCCUGCCUGCUUCGUUCACCAGGGGGACUAUGGCAACUGGGGAAAUACCAAUAUUGCACUGGUCUUCUCAGGAUGUGGCUGGUGGGAUGGGACUGAUGUCCAUGAGGGAGUUUACACCAUGUACCACCUGAGCCGUAAUGGUGCUCGCUUCCAGAUGUUUGCUCCAAACCAACAGCAGAUGCAUGUGAUCGACCAUGCCAAAAAGCAGCCCAGCUCUGGAGAGAACCGGAACAUGAUGAUGGAGGCUGCUCGCUUCAGUCACGGCCAAGGAAUGAUGCAAAUGCAGGAUCUGUCCAAGCUGGACGUCAACAGCUUUGAUGCUGUAAUCUUCCCUGGAGGCCAUGGCACCCUUAAGAACCUGUCCUCCUUCAUGAAGGAUGGAAAGGACUGCAAGCUGCAGGGUGAUGUGGAGAGGGUUCUUAAAGAAUUCCACCGUUCACGCAAGCCUAUUGGCCUGGCCAGCAUGGCUCCUGUGCUGGCCUGCCGCGUGCUGCCCAGCAUUGAGGUGACAAUGGGCUAUGAGCGGGACGAGAACACCCGCUGGGGGAACUGGCCUCACACCAACAUGGUGCAGGCUGUGAAGAGCAUGGGUGCUCGCCACACCGUCCGUGAGCCAUAUAUAUCCUUUCAGAGCUGUCUUUUUACUUGCAGUAUGAGUUGUUGACUUAGCCUACCCAGAUUUAUGUGUAUUGAUUGUUUUUUGUGUUCUGAGUUCGCUUCUGCCUUAACCUUUUUCUCUUACGAAGCCUAUGUGGAUGAGAAGAACAAAGUGGUCAGCACCCCAAGCUUCAUGUGGGACACAGAGUAUCAUUACCACUAUAUAUUUGAUGGCAUUGGAAACAUGGUCAAACAUGUCAUGCGUAUGUCUACCAAGUGAAUAGACAGUCUGUCUGAAGUCUGAAGAAGAAAAACAGGAAGUCGGUGUUUAAGUACAGCAUCCACCUCUGUACUGCUACCGUUUACCUUAAUACAUGAAAAAUAAUAAAUGCUUUAGUAAAAGAUCA